CAAUUGCUGGACUGGCGGUCUUUAAGGCUCAUGAGCUACAAAAUUUUUGGAGAACGGUCCGCAUCCUCCACUUCUUGUUCAGCCAAUCCAAGACUACAGCAUAGCACCAUGGCGAACCGUACGGUAACGGAAGCAACAACUGUUCACGGGACGAAUCCUCAAUUUCUGAUCGAAAAGAUCUUGAGAGAAAAAAUCACAGAUUCAUUAUACUGGAAAGAGCACUGUUUCGCGUUAACAGCUGCUACUGUACUUGACAAGGCUGUUGAUCUUCGCGGAAUUGGAGGACAGCAGACCAGCUAUAAGCCAACUGAAUUCAUCUGUCUCACACUUAAACUACUUCAGCUGCAACCCGAGAAAGAAAUUGUGAUCGAGUACAUACGAAACGAAGACUUCAAAUACCUUCGAGCUUUAGGAGCAUUCUAUCUACGACUUGUUGGUAGCGCUAAAGAAAUAUACCAAUAUUUGGAGCCGCUGUUAAACGAUUAUCGGAAGCUACGACUCCAAACAGAAAGUGGUAAUGAGAUUGUACAUAUGGAUGAAUUCAUCGAUCAACUAUUGAGAGAAGAGCGAGUAUGCGAUACUAUCCUUCCACGAAUUACGAAAAGAGAUAUUUUAGAAGAUGUAGAAGAUUUACCUCCGCGCAAAAGUGUGCUAGAGAGCGAUGAUGAGGCUGACAUUUCCCAAGAAGAUGAGCGCUCCGUGUCCCCACCACGCCGCAGACGUAGUUCCAGCAUAGAUUCCCCCCCUCGUAAUGCGCAAAGCUCUCGUUCACCCUCUCGUUCACGUCGGUAUUCUCGAUCCCGUUCUCGUUCUGUGUCACCAUCACGACCACAGUCAUCUCGGCAGCGAGGCAGACGAUAUAGGUCUCCAGCUUCCUCUCGCUCACGAUCUCGCUCUCGAUCAUCCGACUCCCGUAAGAGGAGAUACUAUUCUCCUCCCAGCCGUCAGUCCCACCCUGCAUCUCGUUAGAGGGUUUAGAUAAUUAUUUGUGAAUAAAAAGUACUACAGUUAAGCCAAAAGUUGGAUAGUAAAUCCAAAAGUAC